AUGGCCAGUUCUUGCACGACUGUCAUACCUAGGACGAACAGACUUCACCAGCGCCGUCCGCGUCGAUCCUCUCUCUUCUUAAGCGCCGACGCGCUCUUUACAAAAGAGCAGACAUACGGGGAUCGACUGGACCCCGACAUCGCUGUUCCAUUCGGCCUUCCUCUGAGCUUAUCAUCUAUUUUCAGUUCAACUGUUUUGGUCAACCUCUCAGCGACUCGAAACGAAGCACGAACCGAGGAAUCCCAAGGUGAAGGAAGGAAACCUCGUUUCUCGACUUACACCUCUGUCCUCUCUUCUCACCAUUUACCACAUUCCUGGCCGUUCUUUCUUUCUUUCUUUACCCUUCAGUGUAUUUCUCUCUCUUCUCUUUUCUGUCCAUUUUUGUCCGUACGUUCUCUUAGAUUCAUUCUUGCUCGUUCGUUCUUUCCUUUCAUUUCCAUUUGGUUUUACUGGUCUUCCUUUCACUUUUGUUUCUUAGUUUUUUUAUUUUGUUUUUGCUUGUUCAUGUUUGUUUGUUAUUUUUCUUUUUAUUUCUCCUUGGUUUAUUCUUUCUUUUCAUUUUUUAAUUCUGUUAGAAUUUUUAUUUCACAUUUUUGUUUGUUCUAUCUUUCAUUUCUGUUCUUCUUUUCCCCACAUCUGUUAAUUCUUUCCAUUCAUUACUAG